GGUGCGACCGCGUGCGAGCUCGCGUGUCGUCCGCAACAAGUCCCGUUGGAUUUUUCGCGGCCGGACGCGAGUGCGCGAUGGCUCUCAACCGUGGCUGUAACGUCGUCGCGUUCGUCUGCUCGGCCGUCCUGGUCGUCGGCGUCGGCUCCGGGUGCGCGGACCAUUACCCGCGGCCGGUGCGACGCGAAGUCGUCGUCGGACUCGGAGAAUUCGCCGACGACUCGCUGAAAUCGGUGACCGUGAUAGGUAAACUGCACAUGUACCAAAAAGGAAAACUGUUUCGACGUUUAUACCAUGGAUUCAUAAGUGAUUUGUACCGAGAUCGUGAGAUUUCAAUUAAAACUACCAACAUAAGUCGAACGUUCAUGUCAGCACAAAUGGUUUUGACUGGAAUGUAUGAGUCAGAAUAUUAUCAUAAACAGAUGGACUUGGAAUCAGUGUGGCAACCUAUUCCGAUUUCGAUAGACUCGCCAGAUCGAACUGCAGACCUUUGCUUAAAGAGAUAAGUUUAAACAUGGAAUUACGAUCAAAUAACUCAAACUACAACACAACACGAAAUAUGUAUCUUUAUGCAGGUCAUGAUAUGAGUUUAGGAACAAUAAUGUUUUUUUUAGGCAAUAAUAGAAUAAAAUUACCUGAAUUCGGUGCUUCAAUUCAUUUUCAUCUCUAUCAAGACAAAACAAUGAAAUACAUUAUAAAGGUAUUCUACUAUCAUAAAUGGGACGAUGAAAAAUAUGAAGAAAUGCCGAUUCCGAUUUGUGGUAAUCCUUGUAAAUUAGAGGACUUCAUUCAACUUAUAAACGAAAAUUUUUCUACAGAAUGGGAAAAAGAAUGCGAAAAAUUAGAAAUCUAAUAUUAUUAAUUUCUUAAUGUUUGUUGAAAUUAAUUAUUUGUUUGUAUAAUAUACUCAUUAUGUGUUAUAAUAAUUAAUCUCUUUAGGGUGAAUUUUUCUGUAGUAAAUACAAAAUUUUCGACUCUGCGUUCACAUAAUAAA